ACACGUUUCUGACUGCUAGGUACCAUAGCACUCUGGAAAGGACUUUCGAGAACACAAGAAUAGAACAGCGCCAUAUCAACACACCCAGAACAAAUCAUGUCUACAGAGACGGAUACUUCUCGCCCCAUGUCUGGUGAGCAGGCCACAACCCGUAGUCCUCCCGAUGUCUCUGCGAGCACGCACAUCAUCGCGCUUUGUGGCACCACCGACAUCCGGGGCAUGGCAUCCCCAGACCUUGAUGGUUGGAUGGUGUCCGACUUCUUCGCAUGGAAAGGUAUCUUCAAGGGUCUCGGAGCGUCUCAAAGAUGGAUGACUUGUCUGGAUCCUGUUAACCUGGCUAACCGAUACGAGAAUCAAUAUCCCAUCGGCCCUUAUAUCCAGGGAGAUCCUCACGAAGACAACCGAGCAAUAGUCUUGAGUAGACCUCAAAUCAGUUCCGCACUAGAAGAUCUCGAAGUGCUUCCGGAUACUGGGACUACAACGCUUCGUGAUGCAUUUCUCCGUUGCUUCAGGGAGACUUAUCAAGCGGCUGGACGCUCAGGGGGCUCUGUCCUACUCUUGAUAACUUCUCAUGGCGAUAUCGAAGUGAGCGAUGGAGGCCUUAUCAUUGGACUCCCCGAGCCAUCAGACGUCACCACACAAUUGGAAAGAAGCAGCUUACUGACUUCGGAAAUGCUUCGCGACGUUAUCAAUGGACUUCCUCCGGUGCGAACAACGACGUUUUUGACGUCCUGCUUUUCCGAGAACUGGGUUAUCACUCCAAAUUGGGCACCCCACAGUGAUCCGGUCUUGGCAGCAGCCCAAAAAGAUGAGCCAAGUCAUUCGUGGGAUUGCACCACUGCUGGUCGUUUUAGUGGCGGUGUAUUCUCUACAUACGUUCUACAAGAACUCCUCAAAGAAGCCAAAGUCAUAGAGGAAUCCGAGUCCAUGCCAUCGACGCAAGACUUUAAGAGCAUGGAAUCUCCACAAGAACGCACUUGGAAACAGUGGUGUGACCGCGUCCGGUCACUUAUGGCGAGGCAUCGACGCAGAGGCGAGUUCUUUGGGUCUCUCCCAGUCUUCACAGCUACAAAUGGUCUGGAACUUUUCUGGACCCGAAGUGGGUACGGUCUUGGCAGAUAUCUGGAGAAUUGGCACAAAUUUCCCAAACUGCCCAAAUCACAAUAUGCAAACCCAGAAAUGGACCGAAAAGUCACCUUGGACGAGGUAUCGCAAGCUAACAUUGACGCCUAUAAAGAGUUCAUGGAUAGCCAGGUAGGGCAAGCAUCAUCUGGGGAUGCUCGAACUGGCUCAUGGAGUGGAGCUGCUGGUCCAAGGUUACGAUCCAAGACUUGUGACCUUGCUCGAAGAUACCUUGCGUCCAAGCCAGGUCUGAACACGAUCACCGCAAAUCGAUGGCUCCAUGCUAGUUCUCGAUCGCUGUUGGAAGGAAGACUCGACCACAAAGAGUUGGUAAAUCUAGAGAAUGCUCUCUCAUGGCGUCUCUACUGUACGGAUGAAGCCCAAAAAAUGGCGAACAACCUCAACUUGAACAUGGUCCCCAUUGCGACUUGGAGUUGGGAAGAUUGGUCUGCGAAGACAAUAGAACCAGCAGGGCUUGAAAAUAGGAGAGCUCUAUUCAACAAGAACUUCGCGGUCACAAAGCAAAGGAAGCUCGUCACUCCACCACAAGGAGCUCAAUGCGGGCGAGAAUGGUAUAAGCCUGCCGCUUAUCUUGCUGCCGCAUUCUCGAUGGAAGACAAGGAUCCAGCUACUGGAUACUCGGAGUAUACGGCAUCUCAAGUAAAAGUUGCCAGAAAAGUCGCAAGAAAGCAAUUGAAGGGCUCUAUGAACUUGAGAAUCGCCUGCGAGGGGGUGAGAGCAAGUCGAGUGAAGAAAAGAGAUUAGUCUCCCGGCAAGCAAAGACCUAGCAUUCAAGGGAUGUUUGAGCAGCCCAAUUCAGGAGAGAAAUCGUGAAAAGAGGCUCGUUUUGAAUGGAAUUUUAAUGUUAUGAUCGGUCCUAAACAUAGUGGUGAAAGUGGGGCAUUCAAAUGUGUAUUCUCUUAAACUGCAAAGAAGGCUAUCUGCUUGAACAACUCCUUCGAGGAUAUAGCAUAAGUGGCAAUGAAUUGACUAAUUAC